AUGGAGGGCCUCUGGGCCCGGCUCCGCAGAGGCAGGGCGAAGAGCCUGUCUGCGACGACAACGACCACACCAACGACUUUGCCUAUCACGACUCCGGGCUCGCAAACACAAUUACAACAACAACAGAGGGAGGCGGUAAUGGUGGAGCGGCGGAUACAUCCCGAUCUCGAUGCGUUGGUCGCAGAUUGGGAGCCGCCACCGCGACAGGCGCCCAACAGCGUUGAUGACGAUGAUGAUGCCGAAUCGGGUGGCAGAUUUGACGCGUUUUCACCGCCCCCACCGCUCCGGCCUAGCGCACGGAGACACACAGUGGAUGGCGCGGUUCCCGUGAUUACUUCGACCUCUCCAACGCUGGAGAAUCUAGAUGUGGCGAGUCCGACGCGGGCACAGAGGAUCAUGACGCGGUUAAAAGGGUCUGCCACGACGUCUACGACUCCGGUUACAGCUACAACGACAGAAACUGGGGAGGUCGCGAGUACAAGCGCCAACACAGGGCUGCUGGGGUGGUCCACGUUCGGGCGGGGCAGCCGGAGUAAAAGCACCCGCCCGCAUUUGAGCGAAUUUGGGGAGCAGCGCUCGCGGGACGAGUCGCCAGUGCCGAGCCAGGCAUCGACCUCGUAUGGCUACGCCACCCCGUCGACGAUGUCCCAGCAGCAAGACCGCGAGGACUUUUCGCAGAGCGGGCACGGGCACAGCCACCCGAGCGAGCGUGCAGCCCCGUCCCCGGGCUCGGGAUUCACAUUUGGCUCACGGGCAGCCCCCUCCAAAGCCCCCUCGUCAACUCCCCCGCCAAUGCCGGCCCUUGACCACCCGAUAUUCGGGGUCCGAAGCGGAACGGGGUCACCGGUUUCUGCAUCGCCGUCUUCGUGGUGGAACAAUAAUAAUGGGAGGGAGCGGUUCAGGCGGGGCUCGGCAUCGCUACCGUCGAUGCACACGGGCAGGAAGAUGAAGCGGUUUAGGACAGAUCAGGCGAUGGCGAAAGCGCAGGACAUAUUCGCUGCCUUUACACGGCCGAAUUCGCGGCGCGCAAGCGAAAGUGGGGGGAGCGGGAGCGGGAGUGGUCACGGCGGGGUUGCAUUGGAUAGUAGUACAAGGACGGAGGACACUGCGAGGAUAGUCGCCUCCAGGCACGACGAAGACGCCGCCAUCAAAUUUUCUGAUGCACGAGCCAAGCGCGUGGCCGGGUCGUCCGAUACCCAGACCGCUGUAUGGCCUGACGUGCCCCCAGCUACAAUCCACAUUCCUGAAUCCUCAGACUCGACCACCGACACCCUCCCACUAAUGCCUGCGGGCGCUAUCCAGACGAAGAACAACGGCUCCCCUGACACGAUCCGCUCGACCCGGUCUGUCAAUUUUGAAGACGGCGGGAGUGCUGCCAAGGGCAAGCGCCGGGCUGCGGAUGUCGUAGAGGGCACGCCGUCCAGAACCAGCGACCGUCCUUCGAAUACUUCUCCCCCUUCUGCCCAUCGCCCUAAACCCGCCCGUUCCCAGUCCCAAUCGCGCUCCCCCUCCCAGCCACCAUCACGCCAGCCCUCCCAGCCCCCCUCCCAGCCACACUCGCGAAACAACACUAUAUCUAGCCGCUCCGGCAACUCCCCGGGACAUCAGCUCGCCCGCUCCCCCUCACGCAUAUCGCAAGCACCCUCCCUACCCAUCUCUGCGCUCGUCACGCCCCAUGCGCCCUCCGUCGUCUCCGCCGGCGCCGGCUCGUACUACCAGAUGCGCGACCCCCGCAAGCCGCCCCGCGUCCAGCCGACCGGUUGGGCAUUUACUAGUUUCUCGACAGGCGAGCUGCGUGACCAGAAACAUGCGCUGAUGUUCUUCUUCGGCUUCGUGCUCUUUCCGCUGUGGUGGAUCGCGGGCGUGUUGAUUGGGGUGCCAAAAACCAGACGCCUCGAGGCAGGCGAUGCCGAGAAGGGCACGAAGCGCCAGCAGGUCGUGCUAGACGACCCGCAGGUCGAGUUCGAUGCACGGACCUGGCGGAAGCGGUGCCGCAUCAUGGCGGGCGUGUCGCUGUUCACAUACGUCCCGUUUAUCGUCCUCCUCGUGGUCUUUCUCAAGCGGAAGUAG